CCUCGAGGCCCAAGAUGGUGGCUGCAGGUUUGCUCUCCCUAAGGCAGGUCUCAGGGUUUGGGCCCAGCCCGGCACAGCCCUACCUCGGUUUCCCCUUCUGUAAGAGGUGGGGCUGGGAGCAGUGAGCCCCCCCCCCCAGGCCGCGGCUAGCGCGGGGAACCCUCGUGACCCCGAGCCUCAGUAUCACCCUCCCCCCCCACCCCCCGUGACUGACCCUGGUCAGGGUGUCAGUACUUCGCCUCGGUUUCCCCAUCUGCACAGGCUCUGCUCUCCCCUCCCCCCACCACAGCCGGCAGAGGCCAGAACCAGCACGAGGUCCCCCCACCUCGCACUGCGGCCCUGGGGAAACUGAGGCCGGGGAGGCCGGCGAUGGCGGACCGAGGGGGCGGCGACGCGUCGCUGGGGCUGCUGCCGGACUGCGAGGCCAUGCCGUCGGACACGGGCUCGCUCAGCGACUCGGACUCGGACUCGGACUCGGGCUCGGCCGGGCCGUCCCCGGGGGAGCCGCCCUUCCUGGAGGAGGCGGCGGAAUCGGAGGACGAGGAGCCCCCCGAGGAGCCCCCGCAGCGCCCCGGGAGCCCCGUGCGGCCCUUCCACCUGCGGGGCAUGAGCCCCACCUUCUCCCUGCUUAGCCGCAGCAUAUUUGACGGCCUGGAGGGGGCGGCCCGGACCCUCCCGCCCCCCGCUGCGGCCCCCGCGCCCCCCGCGCCCGACGCCGGGACCUUCAAACGGCCCCUGCCGCCCCCCGGGCCCCCGCGGAGGCCCGUCCGAGCCCAGGUCCCCGACUACGUGACGCAUCCUGAGCGCUGGACCAAGUACAGCCUGGAGGACGUCCCCGAGGGCAGCGACCGCAGCAACCGAGCCGUGGCCCUCGAGUUCCUGGGGGACCUGAAGAAGAGGGCGGGGGGCCAGAGCCCCGCGCCCCAAGAAAGCUGCGCCCCCUCCUUCAACCAGGACCCCUCGAGCCGCGGGGCCGGCAGGAUUGUGUUCACCAAGCCCGCCAAGGCCGGCGAGGCCGGGUCGGAGCGCAGGCGGCCCCCGUGGAGGGCAGACGACAGGGAGCCCGGGGACGAGCUGGUGGCGCUGGGCCACCUGGGCUCGGCGGGGGGCCCCGACGUAGAGGCCGAGGGAGACGAGCCCCCGAGGAGGCGGGCGGAGCCCCGGGAUGCCGCCAUGCAGGAAGAGGAGGCCUCCCCCUCGGAGCCCCCCGCCGUACCCGUGGGCUUCCACAGCAGCAGAAAGAGGAGCAGAGAUCACCUCCGGCUCAAGGGGACUGCGGAGGAAGAGAGCGAGGAAGCCUGAGCGCCACUGGGCGCGGGGGACGCCUCCAGGACAGUCGGCCUCCCAGCAGGCAUGGAAGCGCUUUCCGUCACUGGACAGCUAAUCGUCUCCCACUUGUUGUACCGGGCUGAAAUCGGCCCCCUCGACCUCUGCCUCCCCCACGAUCCUGGUACGAGGGAGCUCGCUCUGUUGUUGGGGAAGGGAUCAUUUGGUAAUAACCAAACCAAAUACCGUCCCAGCGAAGGGAGAGAGCCGCUUCUUGGGGCAUGGAACGCUGAUGGCCCCCAUCGCUUUCCUUCAUUUCCUUGGGGCCUCUUGUUGUCUGUCAGCCUCCCCAGUCCCUCCGGCUUGGUUUGUCCUUGUGAAGACAAUAAAAGGUUUCCAUGAA